AUGCCUGUACCACCUCUAGCUCCACGGUGUCAGCCGGAGACCUGUACUAUUGCCUUGACCGGGGAAUUUAAGAAGAUGAAGCCACCAGAAUUUCAUGGCGGAAUUGAACCGUUGAAGGCCGAAGCUUGGGUCUUGGGCAUUGAAAAGUUGUUUAAAGUAUUCCCAUGUACCAAAACUCAGAAAGUGCAACUAGCAGCAUUCACCCUAGAAGAUGAUGCCAGACGUUGGUGGAUGGAUAAAAGGGCAGCUAAAUUCAUGGAGCUCAAGCAGGGAAAUAAAUCAAUUGCUGAAUAUGAGGUUCAGUUUACAAAAUUAGCUUGCUUUGCACUCAACAUGGUAGACACAGAUUACAAGAAGGCUAGACAGUUUGAAGGAGGUUUAUGUGACCCAAUUCUAGAUAAGGUUAAUGUACUCAAAUUGCCGACGUAUGUGGAUGUACUUAAUAGGGCACUAAUAGCAGAGAGAAAUGUGGCCAACCGUAAACAAAACUUCGAAUGGAAAGGAAGAAAAUAG